AUCGUUUUAUUAUUAUUGUUUUAAUAUUUAUUCUUUCUAUAGGUUUUUUAAUUAUUAGUCCUAAUUUAAUUAGAAUUUUAUUAGGUUGAGAUGGUUUAGGUUUAGUUUCUUAUUGUUUAGUUAUUUAUUAUCAAAAUGUAAAAUCUUAUAGUGCUGGUAUAUUAACUGCACUUUCUAAUCGUAUUGGUGAUGUUGCUAUUUUAAUUUCUAUUGCAUGAAUGUUAAAUUUUGGUGGUUGAAAUUAUAUUUAUUAUUAUGAUUUUAUUUCUAAUUCUUUUGAAAUAAAGCUCAUUACUAUAUUAAUUGUCUUAGCAGCUAUAACUAAGAGAGCUCAGAUUCCUUUCUCUUCAUGACUUCCUGCUGCUAUAGCAGCUCCUACUCCUGUUUCUGCUUUAGUUCAUUCUUCUACUCUUGUUACUGCUGGUGUUUAUUUAUUAAUUCGUUUUAGACCAAUAUUGGAUACUUAUAAUUGUGGUUGAUUUUUACUUUUAAUUGGUUGUAUAACUAUAUUUAUGGCUGGAUUGGGCGCUAAUUUUGAGUUUGAUUUAAAGAAGAUUAUUGCUCUUUCUACUUUAAGACAACUUGGUUUAAUAAUAAGAAUUUUGGCUAUAGGUUAUCCAAAUCUUGCAUUUUUUCAUUUAUUGGCUCAUGCUUUAUUUAAGGCAUUAUUAUUUAUAUGUGCAGGUUCAAUAAUUCAUAAUUUGAAGGAUUCUCAGGAUAUUCGUUUUAUAGGAUCAAUUGUUAAUUUCAUACCUUUAACUUCAGUUUGUUUUAAUGUUUCUAGUUUAUCUUUGUGUGGAAUACCUUUUUUAGCGGGAUCUUAUUCAAAGGAUUUAAUUCUUGAGAUGGUUUGUUUAAGAUGAAUUAAUUGUUUAAUUUUUUUUCUUUAU